AAGUAGUAAUGAGUGAAUGGUUUAGGCUUUCUGACAGCUGAGCUGUGUUUGGAAAGUCCUGGGUUAUCAGUCUGCUUGUGUUUGCUUUAAAAGGGGAACUGAUGUCCCGAUGAGAGACAUUCAUGGAACUCACCCUGCUCCUCCUCUUUUCACUCUUUACCAGACACUUGUGUAAAUCACUUUGAGCUGAACAGUGAGGAAGGUCAGACCACCAGUGGAUCGUCAGCACGAUGGAGGAAUCCGCCAGCAGAUCAGACAAGAGAAAAGUUGUAGCAGUGGUGGGCGGUGGUUUGGUUGGAGCACUGAAUGCAUGUUUCUUUGCCAAAAGAGGCUUUGAUGUGCAAGUGUUUGAAACCCGAGAAGAUAUCCGGAAAGCCAAAGUUGUGAAGGGGAGAAGCAUCAACCUGGCUCUGUCUCACAGGGGCCGGUCAGCACUGAAGCAUGUUGGGAUGGAGGACAAGAUUGUCUCAAAGGGAAUCCCCAUGCAUGCAAGAAUGAUCCAUUCUCUGAGUGGGAAACAGUCUCCGAUCCCUUAUGGCAAGAAAGGCCAGUACAUCCUGUCAGUAGACCGAGCCAAUCUGAACAAAGAGCUGCUAACAGAGGCAGAGACAUAUCCAAACACAACGCUGAACUUUGGCCGCAAACUGCAGGACUGGAAUGCUGAAACAGGGCUAAUGACCUUUGUCAGGUCCGAUGGAUCCGAAGAGGAGAUCCAGGCAGACCUGAUUGUUGGCUGUGAUGGAGCCUUCUCUGCCAUCCGCAAGCAAUUCCUUCGCCGCAGCCGCUUCGACUUCAGUCAGACUUACAUCCCCCACGGCUACAUGGAGCUCACCAUGCCACCCAUCAAUGGAGAGUUCGCCAUGAAGCCUGGUUAUCUGCACAUCUGGCCACGAAACACGUUCAUGAUGAUCGCCCUGCCCAACUUGGACAAGACAUUCACCUGUACCCUCUUCAUGCCCUUUGACGAGUUUGAGAAGAUCACCACAGGAGAUGAAGUCAUCGAGUUUUUCCAGAAAUACUUCCCUGACACCAUACCGCUAAUAGGAGUUGAUGCUCUCAAGAGGGAUUAUUUCCGGUUGCCCGGGCAGGCCAUGGUGUCUGUCAAGUGCAGCCCAUAUCACAUAGGCAACAAAUGUGUCCUUAUGGGCGAUGCAGCCCACGCAGUGGUGCCGUUCUACGGGCAGGGGAUGAACGCUGGAUUUGAGGACUGCAUUGUCUUUGAAGAAAUUAUGGAACAGUUCAAUGAGGAUUUCAGUGCUGUUCUGCCUGAGUAUUCCAGAGUGCGAGUUCCAGAUGAUCACGCCAUCGCAGAUCUGGCCAUGUACAACUACAUUGAAAUGCGAGCUCAUGUCAACUCCAAAUGGUUCCUUUUCAGGAAACAUGUUGAUAACCUCCUCCACGCCAUCAUGCCAAAGACAAUAAUUCCUCUUUACACAAUGGUCACUUUCUCUAGGAUAAGGUACCACGAAGCUGUGAAGCGCUGGCAUUGGCAAGACAAAGUGAUAAACCGCGGCCUGCUGUUCACUGCCACAGGAGCUGUUUUGGGAGCCUCCUACCUGCUCGCUAAAAAUCCACCCGAUGUCAACAAACUCACUGUCCCUGCUGAGAAACUGUGGAGCAGGCUCCUGGCCCUCAGGGCCCCGUGAGCACUUCCCUCUGAUCUGACAGAUGGAAGCAAAGAGCAAACGCGAGAAUGAACAGAAAUGGUCCAAAUUUUAAUGAGAGUUUGAUUGAAUCCUCUAAUGAAUGUAAUGAAGGCUCCGGCAAGUGAAUGUACUUUUAUAAUCAUUUCCCUAAGUUACACAAGUCAUAAUGAUUGAAAGUAACAUUUAAUCAGCAUUUAACUGAUAAAGCUUUGUCUGAAGGAGCCCAACAGUGGAUUGUUCAGUCUUUAGAUGUGAGUCUUUUCAUGCUAUCAUCGUUAUUUGCAAACGUUUUAAUGUGAUAACAAAAAUGUCAGUAUUGAACUCACAGGCUGUGGUCAGGGUAACACUGUAUGAGUUUGUGUAGACACUUAGGCAUGAAUUGCGAAUAAAAUGUUCCCUCAUCUCAUUGUUA